AUGCCGAGAAAAGCCCACUCUCGCGGCGUAUAUCUCAUUGUUGACAGCACAUUUGCCCCUCCUGGACUACAUGAUCCAUUCUUGUGGGGUGCUGAUAUUGUCAUGCACUCUGGAUCAAAGUACUUCGGAGGCCACAGUGAUCUUCUCUGUGGCGUUCUCGCCACAAAGCGGACAGGCUGGACAAAGCAGCUCUUUGAAGACCGUAUGGCUUUGGGUAACGUCCUCGGCAAUCUAGAGAGUUGGCUUAGUCUUCGGAGUCUGCGCACGUUCGAGCUGCGUGUCCGAAACGCGAGUCAGAACGCUGCAAAGCUGAUAUCUUGGCUCAACAAUGCUUUGAAUGCUCCUUCUCCAGCUUCUGGCUCUGAAGAGUGUACUGUGCAAAAAGUGUUAGAGAAUAUCUUCCAUGCGAGUCUUCAGGAUGAGCCUUGGGUUAAGAAACAAAUGCCAAAUGGGUUUGGUUCUGUGUUCUCGAUUACUAUGAAGCAACCGGUAUUUGCGAGGGUGCUGCCCUCUAAGCUUCAUUACCUCCAGCAUGCGACAAGUCUUGGAGGUGUUGAGAGUCUUAUCGAGUGGAGAGCAUUAAGUGACUCCAAAGUGAAUACAAAAUUGUUGAGAGUCAGUGUUGGGUUAGAAAAUUGGGAGGAUCUGAAGGAGGAUUUACUUCAAGCGUUUCAGUUUUUAGCGGGUAAUUCAAACUGA